AUGCUGACACGCUCUUCGGCAUCAAAAAAAUCCGACAGCGAAACUGAAAGUAUAAAUUCCUCCACGACUUGUCCGGACCCCGAAAUUGCAACGCCUGUCAGAAAGCGCUCACGACAAGGAAAUGAUUCCGCAGCUUUGGAAAGCACGUUAUCGAUGCCCCAGGCAACAACAACGACCACCCCUCCGAACACUGCCAACACUCGAAAGAUUCCAAAAUUGAAGAUAGUAAAAACUGCUAGUCCAGCGGAUACCAGCUUUCGUAAUUUUCGCCUCCGUCGAAUUGUUAAAGAAAAUCAUGGUCAUGACAUCAACCAACUGGCUUUCUUUUUUAAUUUGAGUAAUUAUGAGGCACCUGUAGGAACUCAAUAUAAAAAGAACUUCAAUAAACUUGGUCACGUUGAAAGGAAUGUUCGAGACACAAGCAAUAUAUUAGCUAGCGUAGGCGAUAUUCAGGCAAAUAUUUAUGAUAAUGAGCACUGCGGAGAUCACUUGGAUAUUAUGUCUAAUUUCGCACUGGGUGAAAAAGCCGACCUGGCAACAAGCGAAUUAUUAACUUGUUGCUGGUUGCAUCGUGAUGAUGACGCAUUGCUAGCAAUAGCGGGCAAUACCCAUGCUAUAUAUGUCGUCAGUCUCACCCUUUCCACCACCUUACGAACAAUGCAAGGGCACAACGGCAUGUUGGUUAUUACACGCAUAUCUAUCUGCAUCAUCACCGACAUUCAAAAACACCCAAAGGAUGACAUUCAUUUAUUAUCGGCAUCUCAAGAUGCGAGCGUGAGGUUGUGGAAUGUCGACAACGGCACGUGUUUAUACGCGUUUGAAGUCAAAGCUUCCGUGGUGACCUUAUUGGCAGUGGAGUCGAAGGCGAGCUCGAAGACCAGAGCUGUUGUGAAGAUCCCGGUCAAAAAAACAGAGUUACGUCGGAAUAAUGUUCGGUAUAACAUUCGAGUCGAACUGUCAUUACACACGAAGCAUGAAAUAAUGAGAAUCUUAGAAAUAUUGAGGGUACAAGAAAAGGAAAUAAUGUGA